GACCAGAGUGUGAGGGGAUCCAACUAUUCUGCCUUUCAGCUCAGCAGAGCGCAUCUUUCUACUUCAGCUCCGCCGUCUUAUCCGCCCUCCCUUGCUGACUGCUGGCCUGAUUUGCUUCCCGGGGAACUGAGCAGGAUCACAAGAGGUUGCCGAGUGUUCAUCGAGUGGCGGAGCGAUCAGAGGCAGCCGGAGUCAUGGCCAUUUCCCAGGAGCGGAGAGUGUGUCUGGGGCUCUGGGUGCUCCUUUUGCUGGGUGCAGGCAUGGAGGAACUUGUGGAUGGAUGUAGCUGCCAGCCAGCACACCCACAACAACUCUUCUGCAGCGCUGAGAUUGUGAUAAGGGCAAAGAUCUCCGGAGAGAAGAUUGUGUCGCCUAGCAACAGCUCCUCACCAUACAUGAAGAUGAUCCAAUAUGAGAUCAAAAUGAUCAAGAUGUUCAAAGGCUUCCACAAGGCCAAGGAUAUCCAGUAUGUGUACACCCCCGUCUUCUCCUCACUGUGUGGAGUCAAACUGGACUCUAACAAUAAAGCUGGGUAUCUGCUCUCAGGAAGCAUGUGGAGUGAUGGGAGGAUUUCUAUUGGCCAGUGUGACCUGGUAGAGUCCUGGGACAACUUAUCACUGUCACAGAAGAAGAAUCUCAACUACAGAUACCAAAUGGGCUGUGAAUGCAGAGUGGAUCAACACCUGUUACACGGUGCCCUGUGCAUCUACGGGGGACAACGAGUGCUUGUGGACAGACUGGCUGUUGGACAACAGCCUAAACGGGGAGCAGGCUCGGCAGUACGCCUGUAUCCGCCGCUCUGACACAACCUGUAGCUGGUACCGGGGUGGGCCACCCCCUGAGAAGGACUUCCUGGACAUGACUGACCCUUGACCUGUAAGGCUAAAGUCAGACUAAGGCAUAUUUUCUGCUUCGGCUUAUAUUAUUCAAAUUUGGCUAUUGAUGUGUAAAGUAGACUUGAAUGAAAAAUUGACUUUAUAUUUGAGAGAGCAAAACCUGACAGUGAGCUUCUCUUAUCAUUGUUCAGUUUCAGGUGGUUGCUAUGGCAAUGCUGGGAAUUUUUUUAUACACUGCAGGAGCUUUCAACAUUUGUCUAAGUCAAUCUCUCACUUUCACACAUUCGACUCCACUUGCUAUUUUCACAGAAUAAGAAGAGCCACAGACCAUCCACUGCAAAAUAUUCAGUGUGUAACUGUUUCUUCCAGUUCUGUCUUCCUGACAGUUAACGCACAGCUCUAACGAACAGAUCUGUUAAAGCAUAACUUAACAACAGAUUAUGCAACAUCUGGAUUUAUCUUUUUCACCUCAGAUACUCUAAGUAAAUAGUAACGGAGGUGAGCAGUUGGGCACAUGUUGGCACUUAAACAAAAAAGUUGGAAAAAGCGGCCACAUUUCCACCAACUUAUGCCACAGUGUUGUGGUGCCCAGUUUACUUCUCAUACUGUAAACUUCUCUGUACACUACACAUUUUCAGAUCGUCUUCAGCAGCACUGCCAUCUUACUAUCGGAUAUUCUGGUUUUGAAAUAUGUCCUUUAUGUCCCAUGCAAAUGAAAAUAUGAUGUACAUAUAUAUAUGAAUUAGACAACACAACCCCCGACAUCCCAGAAUUAAAUAAGACAACAUCUGACAGGAAAUAUACAUAUACAACCAUAAUUCUGAUUAUACAGUUAUGAGAAUGUAAAUAUUGUAUUUUAGUGGGAAUUAACAUUUUCAAGGCUAACCAGCUUGUCUUAGUGUAGAGGCUCUUGCUGUAUCUUGUGGUUAUGUGUUUUUAGUUUCCCUGGUCGACCUCUGUACUAUUUCCUGUGCCAAAAAUCUAAUCCAGCGCUUUAACAACAGAACUGCCACCCGUAGAAGCCAAGUCACCUCUCCGUAAAGGAAACAUGUAACAGGACACAGUUCAAUUCACCCUUUUUAACUCCUAAAAAGAGGAAAUGGAUUUUAAUGUUCCAAGUCAAGGAAAGAGAAACUUUGGCACUUAAGGUUAACCAGCAAAGAGUGAAACAACUGAUCCAUGAAUGUGCUACUAUACAUUAAAACUGUUUUUAUUAAAGGUAUUAUUUAAUAUUAUGGCUCAACAUGGAUUUAAAAAUAAAAUUCUGAAUUGACCCUGUCUUGUUACUGGAAUACUUCACUUAAGUCCUACAGACUGAAAUGCAUUAUGACAACAAUGAGUUCUACUUGACAGUAAAAUGUUUCAUUGAAGCUACACAAUGCAGUAAUUUGACUGACAUAUUUUAAGCGUAUUGAUAAUUGCAAAUUAAAUCAUAAUGCAUAGUAACUGUGUAGAAUUUGUGAAGUUUUAUCAAACAAUUUCAUGUUUGUUUUAUACUGAAAGAAUUGUUUGGGUUUGUAUUUAUGUCUCUGUUUCUGUCUAAAUCGAUUUUUUUCUAUUUCCAUGUACCAAAAAAGAUUGUAUAUAAAAUGUCUCAAUGGAAAACUGUGUCGCAGA